AUGGCCCUGCUACUGGCCCUCAGCCUGCUGGUUCUCUGGACCUCCCCAGCCCCAACUCUGAGUGGCACCAAUGAUGCUGAAGACUGCUGCCUGUCUGUGACCCAGAAACCCAUCCCCGGGUACAUCGUGAGGAAUUUCCGCUACCUUCUCAUCAAGGAUGGCUGCAGGGUGCCUGCUGUGGUGUUCACCACACUGAGGGGCCGCCAGCUCUGUGCACCCCCAGACCAGUCCUGGGUAGAACGCAUCAUCCAGAGACUGCAGAGGACCUCAACCAAGAUGAAGCGCCGCAGCAGUUAA